AUGGCAUCAUCUCCAAAUCCUACUGAUCAGAACUUCAUUGUAGUGGAUUUCCACUACAAUGGUCAGUUUGCACCCAAUCCCUUAGUUUACUUUGAUCCCAACAGAGCAUCAGUGCGAGAUGUUGACUUCAGUGGGUUUGGGUAUGAGCAAUUCAUGGAAUUCCUUCACAAGCUCACCAACUCGAGAAGCAAAGACAUCUAUUUCUGCCUUCCACAAGAGUCUUUAGGUCUUGGAAUUCAUACACUGGUGAACAACGGUGAUUACAAGGAAUUUUUGGAUUUGGCGUAUGCUAAUGACAAGAGAAUGAAUGUAUAUGUGGAUCACCAUAAUGAACCUAUCUUCGACUGGAUUGAGGCUGAGGAAAGUGAAAGUGAAAACGAAGACUUAGAUGAAGAUGAGGAUUCAGUUAUUCAAGAUUCAUAUUCUGUUGAUCAUGAAGAAGAUGAUGCUACCUAUCCAUUUCCAGCAAACAAAACUGCACGUGAUAGAUUUUUAAACAUCCUUUGUGAACCUAUAGAGAGUGAAGAUCAAGAUGAUGAAUACGUGCCACCCCAGUACCCUGUGUAUGAUGAGAGACAGCCAUGGGAUCAGAUGAAACCAAUUAUAGACUAUGGGCCUCCUGGAUGGAUGGAUAGGGAAACAUUUUAUGAGUCAAAUUAUAGAGAACCCAAAAUGAGUGCAAGGAAGAUGAAAGCUAAAGUGUCAACAACAUUCAACAUAAAUGUGAGUGUGGGGCAAUGCAGAAAUGCAAAGAAAUUUGCAUUACAAGAGAUUGAAGGAAGUUUAAUUGAACAUUAUGGGAGAUUGUGGUCAUAUGGUGAGGAAAUUAUCAGGUCAAAUCCUGGGUCUACUGUGAGAUUGGAUGUAGACAUCAUGCCAGAUUCCACAACUUUGUUUUCUAAGUUUUAUGUGUGUUUCAAAGCUGUAAGGGAUGGUUGGUUAGAAGGGUGCAGGCCAGUAAUUGGGCUUGAUGGUUGCUUUUUAAAGGGUAUAGUUAGAGGAGAAGUUAUUUCAGCUGUUGGGAGAGAUGCAAACAACCACAUCUACCCUUUAGCAUGGGCUGUGGUAUGUGUUGAGAAUAAAGAAACAUGGAAGUGGUUCAUAGAUUUGCUUAUGGAUGACAUUAAUGGUGGUCUUGGUGCAGGCAUUACCCUUCUUUCUGAUGGACACAAGGGGUUAUUACAAGCAGUUAAGGAAAAUGUCCAGAAGCUGAACAUAGACAAUGUGCUAGACACAUUCUGGCCAAUUUUAAUAAAAGACAGAGAUCCUACUACCUGGUCUAAGGCAUUCUUUCAAGAAGGAAGAGACUGUGAUGCAGUGGAGAAUGGGGUCAGUGAGAGUUUCAAUUCUGCUAUUAGGCAUGCUAGAAGGAGACCUAUAAUCACUAUGCUGGAGGAGAUUAGGUUAUUUGUGAUGGAAAGGAUAUACACUCAAAGAGUUGAAGGAAUGGAAUGGGAUUUGCUUAUAUGUCCAACUAUUAGGAAGCGUAUAGAACAUCUGAAGGUUAAACAGAGAUUGUGGGGAGUUACUCCUUGUGGUUAUCAAAAGUAUGAGGUUAGAUUCACUGAUGUUGCAUAUGGAGUGGAUCUAAUUGCAAAGAAGUGUGCCUGUAGAAUAUGGCAACUUACAGGGAUACCAUGCUUACAUGGAGUGGCAGCAAUAUCUUACUUAAAUCAUGAUGCUGAGGCAUAUGUGUCCCAAUCAUACACUACUGAGGCUUACCUAAAAUGCUACAAAUAUAGCAUUAAUCCUCUCAAUAGUAGUGAAAUGUGGCCAGAUGUUCCAUACCAUAAUCCUUUGCCUCCCAAAAGAAGAAGAUUACCUGGUAGGCCAUCUGUGAAAAGGAAGAGGGAUGCAAUUGAACGAGAGUUGAGUGGAUCAAGUAGACAAACUGUCUCAAGAAGGGGUAGCAUAAUAAAGUGUGGUAUUUGUAAGGAACCAGGUCACAACAAGAAAAAGUGUCCAUCUAACCAACAAAGCAAUACAUCAGUACCAAGUUCAUCCAGGGGCAGUGGAGCAGACCCAAGUUUAUCCAGGGGCAAUGAAGGACCACCACCACCUGCAGCCCAACAACCUCCUCCACCACCACCUGCAGCCCCCAUGCCAAGAAGAAGGGUCCCAGUUAGUAGAAGUGGAAGGAGGAAAUAUUCUGAACGGAUUAUCAAACAAGCAUUAAGGAGGCAGAUACCUGGGGUUGGGAGCAAUGCAGAUAACCCUUCAGUUAUUGAUUAAUUUAGGGGAUAAUAGUGGGUGGGUAGGAAUAUCUUUUGUAAGGCAGUUGUGAUGUAAAGACAAAGUAGUAGUCUUUUUAUUAUGUUUUUCUAUGGUACUAUCAAGUAGGUGUAUGGGCACAUGGUGGCCCUUCUUUUGUCUAUGCAGGAAUCUUUUGUGUUACCUAGAAACUACUUUUGUGUAUGCAGACAAAAACUUAUAUAACUGUAGAAUAUUAAUGGCGUAUUACAAUGAAUCCAACCACCACAUUCACUUA